CCAUCGUACGUGCGCGCACCCUUUAUCGCGUGGUGGUGAUCAUCCAUAUUGCUGCUAGUGGUGGAGAUUAUCUUGUAAUUUUAAAGUCUUUCGGACGCUUUUUAUAUGUUUUAAAUCAACACAAACCACUCUGCGUCUUAGACUGAAGGCUAUUUGGUCUAGGGGUGGAGUGGAGUAACGAUAGAAACGAGUUUACUCGAGGAAUACUGGACAUUUUCAUUCUUGAGUUGAAGGCGAAUUUGGGGAUAUCGUGAGGAAAAGGGGAAAUGGCCACUCAGGUGGAGACUCUCCUACCCAACAAUCCUCUUAUCAAAGAAGAGGAGCAUGGGCAUGCGAGCAAGAUGAUACAACACGGARAGGACUGUCUGGAAAAGGGGGCCAAGCAGACGGGUGUUGCCGACGACGGUAGCAAUAUGAAAGCAGACAACUCGGAACUGGGGGGGGUCGCAAUGAAGGAGCAAAACUCCAAACAGGCUAAAGAAGAGAGUAACAAUCAAGAGAAAGACAUCCUCGAUCAAGAGAAGCACACGACUGGACAAACGGAAGACUGUGUGAAAUGUAGCAAAAAGGAGUUUGCUGAAGCACCCCCGCCCAAGGUGAACCCAUGGACUAAGAAAAUGAAUGCGGUGACCGUGGUCAACGUGAAUGGACAAGCACAUCAUGAGCUGCCGCCCACCACAGGCCCGGCCAAGGUAGUGAAGGCCCCAAAUCCCCGGCCUCGGAGAGGAGGAAAGGUUGGAGAUUUUGGCGAUGCUAUGAACUGGCCAACACCAGGGGAGAUCGCAACUAAAGAGACGCAGAUUGAAGUUGUGACUGGGAUUGUGUCAUGCCCCAUGCCUGUCAGGCAGGUCAGAGAGGUGAGCUCCCCACGGAGAUCCCCAGCCCCCAAGAAGCUCGUGGUUAAGAAAGAGUGGAAAGAGAAACGUGACACCAACGAAGAGAGCAAGGAGAACCAGAAGGCCAAGUCGGACGACUCUGGAGAGGAGAAGAACGGAGACGAGGACUCUCAGAAGAAUGGACAGAAGAAAAAAGGGAACAAGCACAAGUGGGUGCCGCUGAUGAUGGAGGUGAAGUCAGAGGGGCCCAGAGAGCGCUCUGCAUCCAGGAACAACACCCGUCAGAACGAGGUUCCCAGGAUGCCCCCCAACAACAGGAACGACCUCCGAGACUGGCACAGCGGGAAGUACGAGCGUGAAUGUCGUGAGGACCAUGAUGAGGUGUCCAGCGUGAAGAGUGAGGGUGCUCCCUUCCGUGCCGGGUUCCGGGGGCGUGGUCGUGGCAGAGGCAGGGGCCGGGGACGAGGCAGAGGAGGUAGCAGAGGUCACUAUGACUACCAUUACGGCUACAAGGCCUACGACGGGAAGGACGGCGCCUACACGCGAGAGUUUGGCGCUCCAGUGACCUACUACUAUGACAACAUGAGCAGCAACGAACCUGUACUCCGUAGACCAGGACUGCUCAAGGACUACAUCAAGAGGCAGAUUGAGUAUUACUUCAGCCUUGACAACCUGGAGCGGGACUUCUUCCUGCGUAGGAAGAUGGAUCAGGAAGGCUUCCUGUCUCUUGGCCUGGUCGCUAGCUUCCACAGGGUGCAGGCCCUCACCACCGACGUCAACCUCAUCAUAGAGUCUUUAAAGGGUAGCAAAGAGGUGGAGAUUAUUGAAAUGAAGAUCCGCCGAAAGGUGGAACCCGAGAAGUGGCCUCUACCGGGUCUUUCCAUGGGACCGGACCACAACCAAGUCGAUCUGACCCAGCUCAUCCACUGCCCAGAGUUCGUGCCCCGGCAGACGCCCGCUGAGCAGACAGGGUCUCCCCGGUCCUCCACGCCCGCCAGGGGCUCGACCAGGACCUCCAAGCAGCCCAAGGUGGAGCAGGACGUGUCCAACCUGAAGAGCAUGUCCAAGGGCCUGUCGGCAAGUCUCCCCGACCUGGACUCUGAGUCCUGGAUCGAGGUGAAAAAGAGGCCCAGGCCCUCCCCGGCCCGACCCAAGCAGAAGGAAGAGGCUGUCUCCCCGGUGCCUCAGCCAGGACCCAGCCCGAUCCCCUCGGCCUCCCCAGCCCAGGCCUCAGCCACGGGAGCCAAGGAGGAGCAGGACGAGCCCGAGGAGCUGGACUUCAUGUUUGACGAGGAGAUGGAGCAGAUCGAUGGUCGMCGGAACACCUUCACCGACUGGUCCGACGACGACUCGGACUGCGAAAUCGCCGACAACGACGUUAACAAAAUCCUCAUCGUGACUCAGACGCCGCCCUACCUACGUAAGCAUCCGGGUGGCGACCGCACAGGCCACCACACGUCACGCUCUAAGCUGACCAACGAGCUGGUGAAGGUGAUCAACGACGGCCUGUACUACUACGAAGCGGAUCUUUGGGAUGACAACUACGAACCCGAGUACGCCACCAUCAAGCAAGAGGUGGAGAACUUCAAGAAGGUUCACCUGAUCAGCCGAGAGGAGUUUGACUGUCUGACCCCAGAGCCCCCUGUCGACCCCAACCAGGAAGUACCCCCGGGACCCCCCAAGCCCCAGCAGAUUCCUGUAGACGCCUUGGCGAACAAACUGUUCGGUGCCCCUGAGCCUUCCACAAUAGCACGCUCCCUCCCGACUACUGUGCCUGACUCACCCAACUACCGCAGUGCCCGGACACCCCGCACGCCUCGCACCCCGCACCGGAAGGACCCGCCCAUGACGCCCCGCUUCUACCCUGUGGUGAAGGAGAGCCGGCCUGUCGACGCCAUGACCCCCAGAAAAAGGAAGACCAGACACAGCUCUAACCCCCCCAUGGAGUGCCACGUUGGCUGGGUGAUGGACUCACGAGAACACCGGUCCCGCACUGCCUCYGUCAGCUCCAACGCCAGCCCCUCAGAGGGUACCCCUGCAUUGGGGGGAAUUGGCUGCACCCCCCAGUCGCUCCCCAAGUUCCAGCAUCCCUCCCACGAACUGCUCAAGGAGAACGGCUUCACUCAACAUGUUUACCACAAAUACCGUCGGCGCUGCCUAAACGAGCGCAAGCGGUUGGGCAUCGGCCAAUCCCAGGAGAUGAACACGCUGUUCCGUUUCUGGUCGUUCUUCCUAAGGGAUCACUUCAACAGGAAGAUGUAUGAGGAGUUCAGACAGCUGGUGGUGGAGGACGGCAAGGAGGGAUACAGGUACGGUCUGGAGUGUCUGUUCAGGUACUAUAGCUACGGACUAGAGAGAAAAUUCAGACCAGACAUCUUCAAAGACUUCCAGGAGGAGACCAUGAAAGACUACGAAGCUGGCCAGCUGUAUGGACUAGAGAAGUUUUGGGCGUUUCUUAAAUACUCCAAAAACAAGAACAUGGAGAUCGACCCCAAGCUGCAGGAGUGCCUGAGCAAGUUCAAGCGUCUUGAGGAUUUCAGAAUCGAUCCYCCGAUGGAGGAGGGAGGUCGCAAGAGACACUCAUCCAGCGGAGACGGUCGUCGCCGCCACACCUCCCAGGGUUCCAGCCGCCCCCACAGCCAAACUGGCUUCGGCCCGGCCCCGUUCGCCCAGGGCCCCGCCAAGGAUGAUGCCAAAAACAGCAGCCAGAGCCAGCGACCCGCAGCCCAGGCCUCGGCCACCGCAUCAGACACCAAGCCACCAAAGUAACACCCCCGGACAACCCUCGGAUCAACGYGGAUCAACUCAACGUCAUCAAAUCCUUUCUGCAACACAAGGGGGUCCAAUGGUUCACGCAAAGCAUGAGAGAAUGACUUUGAUGAAUGUCUCGUGAUUUAAAUAAAUCAAGGCUCUUCCAUUUUUUUAAUUUCUUUUGUUUGAAACAGAGUUUUGUCUUGUUGAAGACAAAGACUAUUGAAGGAAUGGAUCAAGUGUUCCAUUUGUUUUUUGUUGCAAACCUUAGCAUAUAUUUUCCCGGUGGUUACUAUGUGGGAAUGAACAUGGUUUUUGAGCACGUUUGAUGGCAACUGCAAACCUUGCGGCCCCCUUUCUAUCGUUGGACCUCCUUUCCAUUUGACACCAUCUGUUGGCUGACAGAUGAGUGAUUCUUCAAGAUCUGAUCAUUUUUUUCUUCUUCUAUGGGGUGAGUGGUGGAUUGGAAACUGAUACUUUGAAAAAAUUAAGGAAAACAAUAUUUUACUUGUUUUUGGGCUGGAGGGAAGAGGAGAGACAAAAAAAAUCAAGAAGAAACCAAAUGAUUAAAAUAAAAGACUUGUACCAGUCCCUCAGUAUGAGCAAGAUCGUUGAAAGUUGCCUUAUUUUAAUGGUUUUUCUGCUUAAUUUGUGCCCGCCACCUUAAUGUCGAUUGUACAGCAUUGAUAAUUGCAAAUAUGCAACAUUGGUCACCACCUACAGUAGUGGCCACUCAGUGACACCCCCCCUCCCGCCUGCCAAACAGCACCCCUUUUGAACUGUCUUCCAAGUGUCAUAUGGUCUGUUACAAAGCCUACCCACCCCUCGGUGUGUUUGCAAUUUGUGGCUCUUUGUGCUAAAAUGCUUUGCUGGGGGGGAGGCACACCCACCCCUGACGCCACCCCCCCCCCCCAAUCACCAUCCUCCCAAGGACAGUCUGCGUCCAGCCAUCGAUCUGUUCAUCCUAUCAUCCAUCCACAGUACAUCAUUCAGGCAACAGGACUGGAAUCACCAAUCCGGAUGACUUGACGACAGAAGAAAGGCAUGCUGUGGCAGGUGUUUUAGGUGUGUGGUGGGCUUUGUUUGGGGGGGGGUGUAAUGGCCUGCUUUCCAGGGCUAAACAAGGCUUCAGUCUGCAGCUUGGCAUGGCCKAUACCCUCGCAUCCCACCACCGCUCACACACACACCAGUGUUUCUUCCAGAGAGUGGCGGCUCUACUCUGUUCUUCUGGAGGACUAUAACCAAUGGACAGGCUAUGUAUCCCCUCUGACCCCCAACCGACCUGUUAUAUUCCCCUACAUCCAGUCAGAUCAAUUAUAAUAAUCUAGUUUAGAUAACUUAAUCUUUAUCUGACAUGAGUACUGAUGAUAUCAAAUAGAUGAGUGUUUUUUUUUUUUGGUCCACUAAUGUAAAUGUGAAUUGGACAGAUGAAGAGAAAUUACACCUCCCGGCUACUUGUUUUAUUGUUUAUAGAACAGAUUAUAUAUUCGCCUUACAUGUGUACCGUAUUCAACUUCUUUUUUUUCUUUUUUUUCAUGUUCUCAUCUUUAUUGCUUUUUAAUUUGCUGUGUUUCAAGCUAGGAUUUGUCUCUGUAUUGAAUAUGUGUGUUUGAAACCUCUGGACUUUCAAGAAAUGGGAAAAUUAGUAUAGUAGAAAUUAAAGGGAAAUUUACAUUAGGGCAUCAACUGACAUUCAAUGCAACAACAUAAAUUACACAUUUCCAGGAAGUUGAGUUAAAUUUCAAAUCAAAGUUAAUUUGCUCAAUUUUAUUUUAAUUUAAUUUUAAUUUUGUUGACAAAUUUGCGUGAUGUGAAUCGCUGGUGUGUUCACGCAACGGCAAUUUAGAACGAAUUGUAUCAURAGGUUAAAGUUGGUGGUUGAAUAGUCCCCCUAACUAGUUAUUGAUCAGUGACGUACAAUGGUCCUCUUUUUAGUUAAAUAUCAAUUAGCUUAAAUAACAGUUAAACUAUAUCUUCUGCUGGAGGUCCAAUGGAGUGAAUCAAUUUCACUGGUGGUUCCCCUGUGUUAGAAUGUCCAGUUGUCUUCAUGUUUUGUUUUUGUUUCAAAUGAAAUCUUUAUUAACCCGCCAUUGUUGAACAAUUUACAAGAGUUUAGUGAGAAUUAGCUAUGUUUUAGCUCUUUUUUUUUCUUUUCUGUUUUUGUUGUGGGCUUAGCUCAAGGGAGCUGCGGGUCAAUUCAGGAGGCUGAUAUGAAUCACUCAAGAAAUCAUUUACUCAAGGAAUAAAGACGAAACUCCCAACCAUUUCCCAACCCAGUUAAUCCUCUGAGAGGAUGUGGUGUGUCACCAGGGGGCGCCCUUCCAGACAGCCACACAGACAGAUGUCUCCCACCCCCACCCCCCYAGUGAAUGUCACCUGUGCCCCCUCUGCCAGGAUAGAGGGGACAGGUGCUCUGGGGUCCAGCCUUUUCUUUAGCAUAGUGACGAACCCUGCGGAUGGAUCAGCUGGCGCUCCGAUGAACUCUAUGGGGCGCCAUGUCUGGCGUCCUGCAGGGUCAGGUGGACUGGGCCAGACUUUUGAAGAGAAAAGGGGAAGGGAGGAUGAGGAAGAUGGACGUAACCCGCCUUGGGUUUGUCAAUGAUGUCACUAUUUUAGAGGAUGUGAAUGGCUAUGAUGUCUGGGAACUGAACUAGGAGAAACAAUUCCAUAAAGCCAUAUAAAURGAAAAACAGCUGUAUAUGAACCAUUAAAAAAAUGUUAAUAGUUCAUUAUCUUUACAAUAUCCCCGGCUUGUCAUGAGAACAAAAAAAAAAAGAUUUAAAAUAAAGAAAAAAGAACAAAAAAAAUAUAUAAAACAGAAAAAUGUAAAAUACUUGAAUGAGAUCUUGUAUUAUAACAUUUAAUAUUCAUAAUAUCUGCUUUGUAGGCUGAUGUGAUUCGCUAUUAGUGUUAUUUGUAAUUUGUAGUAAUUAUGCUUUUCCUUAUUAAAUACACAAAAAAAAACACAAAAUGGACAAAAAACUUCA